GCGGCGUUCCGGAAGUGACGCAGCCGCGGUGACCUUCAGAGGCGGCGGGCGGGUGUCGGUGCAGGCCAGGCCGUGCUGUGCCGCUCGGGGCUUCCUCCGGUUCUCUCCGCGUCACUCCGCGCCGCUCGGGGCUUCUUCCCGCGUCCCUCCGCUCCCUGCCGCCAUGCCCAGGGGCAGCCGCAGCCGCACGUCCCGCGUGGCGCCGCCCGCCAGCCGGGCACCCCCGAUGAGAGCCGCGUCUCCAUCCCCGGCUCCUCGGGCCUCUGUCCCCGCGGCGGCUCCGCCUUCCGCCGUGGCGGCCCCGGCGCCCAAGCAGCCGGGGCUGAUGGCCCAGAUGGCCUCGACUGCAGCCGGGGUGGCCGUGGGCUCGGCCGUGGGACACACCAUCGGCCACGCCAUCACCGGAGGCUUCAGUGGAGGCGGCAGCUCCGAAGCUGCCAGGCCCGAUGUCACUUACCAGGAGCCCCAGGCUGCUCAGGCUGCCCAGCAGCAGCAGCAGUAUGGUCCUUGCCAGUACGAGAUCAAACAAUUCCUGGAGUGUGCCCAGAACCAGACUGACCUCAAGCUGUGCGAGGGCUUCAGUGAGGUGCUCAAGCAGUGCAGGAUGAGCCAUGGUUUGGCACAGUGAGGCUUCUGAAGAUCAUCUUGCAAGAACUGACCUAUGAAUGAAAAACAAAAAGCUUCAGUAAUAAAGUUUAAAGCUGCCUGCUAUCUUUUUAGUUCAUAUAUUCACGUUCAUCCCUGUGGCUUGACUUCUGCCAUAGCUGCCUCUGAUGUCAUCCAACUUCACAGCCGCAAUUUAAUUUAGCACAAAAUGGAAGAGUGAAUAAUAAAGCAGAAUGAGCUAACGUGGGUUUAACUGUUUUUGCUGAUUGUUUUGUUGAAUGUAUGUAAUGUGGUCCAUAAAUAAACUUCUCUCUCUAGAAGUA